UAUGUACACACAAAAAAACACCAAAAUAAACUAAUUUAACGUAACAAUGGCGACUGCCCAGAAGUUGGUUGCAGUGUUUCUAUUUGUCCUUGUCGCCACCACUGAAGCUGGGGUUUACAGGGAUUGCUUCGAUCCUUGCCUUCCCGCUUGCAUAGACAAAGGACAUUCUUGGCCUGUAUGCGAGCAGCAUUGUGACGUCACAUGUACCGCCAAAGCAUAUGCAGCCGGCGAGUUCGAUGCCAUGAAGAUUAAAAGCCCAGGAAACAAAGACCAUAAGAAAUUGGACGAGCUUAAAAACGCAGGGAGCAACGAAGAGCAGGCUAAAAGCGCAGGGAGCAACGACCAAAAGCAAUUAAAGGACGAGCCAUGAAGGUUAAAAGUCCAGGGAAUAAGCAUAAGCAAUUUAAGGACGGGAUAAAAAUCUAGAAGAAUAA